CUUUGACGCAUCUCCUGUCAUUCGUCUGUUUAGCUUCGUCAGUGCACGAACAAGCAGGAUUUCCAACUCUCUUUUACAAUAUUUUCAAAUUUAGCGACCCAAUUUCUUCAAACUCAAGAAAAAAUGGCCAACAAAGUUCGUCAAAACUACCAUGAGGAGUCUGAAGCCUGCAUCAACAAGCAGAUCAACAUCGAGCUCAAUGCUCAUUACCAGUACAUGGCUCUGGCGUCCUAUUACGAUCGUGACGACGUAGCUCUCAAAGGAUUUGCCAAAUUUUUCAAAGAAAGUUCUGAAGAAGAACACGAACAUGCUGAAAAACUCAUGAAGUAUCAGAAUCUUCGUGGAGGACGAGUUGUAUUUUCUGCUAUUAACCGUCCAGCUCAACAAGAAUGGGCAACUCCUCUAGUCGCAAUUGAAUUUGUUCUCAAUCUGGAAAAACAAGUCAACCAGUCUCUGCUAGAUUUGCACAAGGUGGCUAGUAGCCAUGAAGACCCCCAUCUUACCAACUAUUUGGAGGAGCAUUUCUUGGAUGAACAAGUGGAGUCUAUCAACAAGUUGGCCAAACACCACACCAACUUGGUCCGUGUUGGAGAUGGUCUAGGUGUCUUCCUGUAUGACAAGGAACUGCAGUCCUAAUUCGUCCUUAUAAUUUUUCAAACAUUAAGGAAUGAGGUAUAGAAAGACCCAGCUGUCAACACUUAUUCACCACUUUUAUAUCCAAAUAGCAUGAGUCUGUUGACCUUGUAGUUUCUCAGAUGCUCAACUUGUACCAUAUUGAGUCAUUUGAAUAUAAAUCAUUAUCAAUCGCA